AGAAAACAUGUUGCUCGCUCCACCGUCACUUCUCCACUACACAAAAGACAGCAAAGAUGGCGGCAGCGGCUACUGAUGGAAUUGCUAAUUUGAAUUUGGAGGAGGCCAACGGCAAGGCGGCAAACGGUGCGGCUACAAAGAAUGGCGAGAUAGAUCACGAGGACUCGGACGACGACAAAGAGGAUGCAGAUGGGGCGGCGGAACCUGGUGCUACUGGAGCGGCGAAAAAGAAGAAGAGAAAGCCAAGAAAGAAGAAGAAGGCUGGCGCCGCGAAAGUCCAAUCUUCUCCCCCACGCGUCGUUAUAACCCAGCUCUUCCCAGACGGCAAAUACCCCGAGGGAGAGAUCUGCGAGUACAGGGACGAGAACAACUACCGGACUACCAACGAAGAGAAGCGCCACCUCGACCGCAUGAACAAUGACUUCCUCAGCGACUACAGGAAAGGUUCAGAGGUCCACCGGCAGGUGCGACAGUGGGCACAGGGCUGGAUCAAGCCCGGACAGUCUUUGACCGAGAUUGCAAACGGAAUUGAGGACAGCGUGCGUGCCUUGACGGGACACCAAGGACUCGAGGAGGGCGAUGCGCUCAAAGGCGGCAUGGGCUUCCCUACCGGACUGAGUAUCAAUCACUGCGCGGCGCAUUACACACCGAAUGCUGGAAACAAGACGGUGUUACAGCAGGAGGAUGUUAUGAAGGUGGACUUUGGCGUUCACUUCAACGGGAGAAUUGUGGAUAGUGCGUUCACGAUGACCUUUGACCCGGUCUACGACAAUCUGCUUGCGGCCGUCAAGGAUGCCACGAACACUGGAAUACGGGAAGCAGGUAUUGAUGUACGCAUGUGCGAUAUUGGCGCUGCUAUCCAGGAAGCCAUGGAGAGCUACGAGGUUGAGAUCAAGGGCCAGACAUAUCCUGUCAAGUGCAUUCGAAACUUGAACGGCCACAGCAUUGGACACUACACUAUUCACGGCGGCAAGACUGUACCCAUCGUCAAGGGCGGUGAUCAGACGAAAAUGGAAGAGGGCGAGACUUUCGCUAUCGAGACAUUUGGUAGCACUGGAAAGGGCCACGUUAGAGAUGAUAUGGAGACUUCGCAUUAUGCAAUGAACGGGGAUGCGCCGAGAGUGGCCUUACGAGUGUCAUCCGCAAAGACACUACUGAAUUCCAUCACGAAGAACUUUGGAACACUACCAUUUUGCAGACGCUAUCUUGACCGUCUUGGGCAUGAUAAGUAUCUUCUCGGAUUGAACAACCUUGUCUCUGCUGGAAUUGUGGAAGCAUACCCUCCCCUUGUUGAUAUCAAGGGCUCAUACACUGCUCAAUUCGAACAUCCAAAGAAGGCCCCAAGGAGGCUUUCCACCACCGCCAAUGGAGGAAGAAAGCUGGCCUCUACUCUCACGAAGUCUGAAAACGACCAGUUCUUCUGGACAUACACCGAGGAGCCGCACCGGACACGACGGAUGGCCAUAAUCAAGGCUCAUCCGGAGGUCACGAAGCUCUGCGGCCCUGAGCCUCUCACCAAAUAUGUCGUCGCCGGGGUCGUCUCCCUCCAAGUCCUCUGCGCAUACCUCCUUCGAGAUACCCCAGUGCUCUCAUGGCCAUUCUUCCUUACUGCAUACAUAAUCGGCGCGACCGCGAACCAGAAUCUGUUCCUCGCCAUCCACGAAAUCUCGCACAACCUAGCUUUCCGAUCUCCGCUAGCAAACCGUGUAUUCGCCGUCUUCGCAAAUCUUCCCAUUGGGAUACCAUACAGUGCUUCGUUUAGGCCAUACCACCUAACCCACCACAAAUCCCUCGGCGUCGACGGCCUCGACACCGACCUGCCCACCCGCCUCGAAGCCCUCUUCCUCGACUCGGUCGCCGGCAAAGCCUUCUUCUGCACCUUCCAGAUCCUCUUCUACGCCCUGCGACCCAUGAUGGUCUACCAGCUGCCCCUCACCCGCAUCCACGCCUUCAACAUCAUCGCCCAGGUCGCCUUCGACUACGUCCUCGUGAGCGUGGCCUCCGGCCGCGCCCUCGCCUACCUCAUCCUCUCCUCCUUCCUCGCCGGCUCCCUCCACCCUUGCGCCGGCCACUUCAUCGCCGAGCACUACGUGUUCGACCGCCAGCCCGCGGGCGCGAAGGACCCUGCGACACUGGCGCCCGUGCCGGAGACGUUCUCGUAUUACGGGCCGCUGAAUCUGUUGACGUAUAAUGUGGGGCUGCAUAAUGAGCAUCAUGAUUUCCCGGCUGUGCCGUGGACGAAGCUGCCGGCGUUGAAUCGGCUCGCGAGUGAGUUCUAUGAUGGGCUGCCGUGUCAUAAGAGCUGGGUAUAUGUUAUUUGGCAGUUUAUAUGGGAUAAGGAGGUUGGGCUGUGGUGUCGGGUUAAGAGAGCGGAAGGGGGUAGGAGGGUUGGUGGGGGAGGGGGCUGGGGGAUUGAGGAGUUGGGGGCGAAUGAGGGGAGUGAGAUUGCGGGAGUGAGAUGA